AUGGUCUUCAAAGACCUAGAAAUUUAUGCAAAGAAUUGCAAAUACUUCAAGAUGCUAACAGAACAUUAGAGCUAUAUUCAUACAUAUAAUUUGCCAACUCAUUAGAAUAGGCAACAUCUGAAGAACUGGGAAAAGUAGAAACUUAAUUAAUUAUCUAGCACAUAUUUCCGUCGCUCACAGCAAGCCACUCAAACGUAAAGAGCCAGAAACUUAAAAUUUGAGUUUUAAAAGAAAUUCUUCUAGAAUUUGCAAUUCCUUGAAUACUUCUCAUGAAUUUGAAGAUCAUUAUAUAAAAAAAAAAGAAAAUCAAGAUAUUAUGAUAAUUUAAU